AUGCCAGACCUCGGAAACCCAUGGGGCUCCACCCCACUGCUGUUGGCUGCAGCUAAAGGGCACCUGGAAGCCGUACAGGUCCUGCUUGCGGCGGGUGCAGACACCGAGAGGACGCCCCACAGUGGUGCCACUGCCUUGUUCGCGGCCUGCCAUCGGGGCUCCGCAGACGUUGUUCGAGUGUUGCUGGAGGCGAGAGCAGACACGGAAGCAUCCACUGCGGGUGACACCACACCGCUCGUGCAGGCAUUGAAGCGCGGACACUUGGAGAUAGUCCAACUUCUGGUUCAAGCCGGCGCCGCCACACAUCGAAAGAACCGGGCUGGUAUCACGCCGCUCUUCCUGGCAUGCUAUCGAGGGCUGAUGGAAGCUGUGCGCGUGCUCGUGGAGGCUGGAACGAAAGAGCGGGUCUAUUCAGCGGAGGAUUUGGCGACACCAAUGGAUAUGGCCUUAUCCCAUGGACGCCUGGACAUCGCUCGACUCCUCCGGGAGGCCACAGAGCAAGGGAGCUCUUCACCGAC